AUGGUGCAGAGACACAUUGGUCUGGAAGAGAAACACUUUGAUAAUAUUCAUUAUUGGAAAGCUUGUUGUGGACCUUCUCACCAUAAUCCAGAAGGUGUUAAAGUGAGGCUUUUGUAUCAUCUUGCUCAAGUUCCUUCUUCAGCUGUUCAUCUGAAGGAGCAACUUCAGAAAGAUGAAGCAGGUAGAAAUUUCUCUUCCUCAAUUGUCCGAUUGUCUCCUGAAACAUACUCCAAAAAGAUGUUGGUAAUGACAUCUCUCCAACCAAACCUAAAACCCUGUUUUAAACCCUUAAUUCCGUUCCCUUCUCAAACCCCAAACUUUUUCUUUCAUAAAUCUCUUACUUUUUCUCCUAAAACCUCAGGUUUUGCUAAACCAAUAAUCCCUUUACAAGUCAAAGCUGAACCUUCUGUUCUUUCUGAUGAACUUCCUCUUGAUGAUUCCCCCUUUGAAUCUUCCUCUGGUAAACAGAAGCUUGGAGUGGUGGUGAAGCCAUUGGAGAAACCAAGGUUAGUAUUGAAGUUUAUAUGGAUGGAAAAGGAUAUUGGGAUAGCUCUCGACCAAGUGAUACCAGGGCAUGGUACAAUCCCUUUGAGUCCAUAUUUCUUUUGGCCUAGGAAAGAUGCUUGGGAAGAGCUCAAGCUUUUGCUUGAAAGCAAGCCCUGGAUAUCUCACAUGCAAAGGAUUAACCUUCUCAAUCAUGCUACUGAUAUCAUCAAUUUGUGGCAGACAAGUGGUGAUGUAAACAGUAAACAUCGGACCAUGAAAUAGAAGCUAAACAAGCUAAUCCUAAAUCUGAUACUUGUGAUCCUUGUCUUGAACCAUUUAUUAUUUAAUUCUUACUUCUAAUAGAGAGUUCAGCUACAAUGAUAGAAACUCAUUGUAAAUUGGAAAAAGCCGUUAAUAAAAAUGGAACACAGAAAUUUAUCUACCAUUUUCUUGUUCUUCUCUCAAAGGAUCAUCAUGGGUGGAUCCAUGUGUAUUUGUAGGGUGUUUAUGUACAUCUUUA